AACUCCCAGCUAUUUCCCGUGUCAAAGCGACUUUCCAACUUUCUUGCCACAAUUUCCCCUACCCACCCCAAAACGCCAAAGGCAAUAUAAACGCAAAGCAUCUCCCUUGUCCCUCUGUAUCUCUUCCCUAGGGGACUGUACGUCUCAACCCCACAAGCAAUUAAAGUAAGGAAGCUGGCGACCUUUCCCCUUCUCUUCCAGGAAACAUAAGACCCUUCAAGCAAUACGAUCAAAUUUCCAAGAUUCAAUAAUGGAUGAAUCUGGGGAGUACCCGAAGGAAUAUUACACCAGCAAUGGCAACCCCAGAAGACUGACCUCCACAUCCUCUUCUUCUUCAUCAACAACAAGCGUUCACGUCACAGCCUUGGACGGCCUUGUCAACGUUAACUCCCUCUUCACCAUCGCCGUCUUCGUGGGCCUUUCUUUAACUACCCCAGGCCAACAUAGCCUCGAGAAUCGAGCCCCCUGCGAUGCCGACAUCGACGUAGCUAAAAAGCUCUUAGUCUUCGAGGUUGUCUCCUUCAGUUUCUUUCUUUUCUCGUCCCUGGUAGCUCAGGGUUUAAAACUCGCCAUCAACUUGUUGAACAGUAAAGAUGUUGAUGAAGCUUUCAGGGCCCACAUUAACCUUAAAGUUUUGAGGUUUGGGAUGAUGGGUUCCGCUGUGGGGUCCGUUAUGGGAUGCUUGUUCUUGAUGCUUUCAAUGGUGAAUGUGAUCGAGAUCCGGUUAGGGAUGUUGUCUUGUGGGAGUAAGUCUGCGGUUCAUGCGGUGACGGCUUUAGUCAUUCUGGUUUCAUCUGCUCUCUUGGUUUACAUUUCCACUGCUGUUUAUGCUUUCUUGCAUUGAAUAAUGAAAAUUGGCGGCUAUAAACUUCAGUAUUAGUCUCGGUAACAGUAUUGUAAAUUAAGUUGUGGGUUGCCAUUGUCCUUUUCUUUUUGGUUGAGUUGAGGAAAUAUGUUGGCCUAAAUUGAGAAUUUAAGUAUUCAAUACGUUUAACUUGAAUCUAUCAUUAGUGUAUUAUUGUUCCUAA